AUGUCAACGAAGAGGAAGCAAUUUAAGCCAAAAGCAUUCAAAGGCGAUGAAGCAAUUAGCAAUGAUUAUGAUGAUUUAAAUAAGGAGCAAGAAGAGCAGGAAAAGAAAAGAAAACAAAAAAGUGGUAGCGAAUCAGGAAUCGAUGACAAAGAGGUCGAUUCUUAUCCAGAAUCUGAUUUUUCAACCAAGGAUAUAAAUAUGGGAAUAAUCUGCUGCUUCUGUGAGACUAAAUUUAAUGAUAUCAAGACACUGCAGAAUCAUACAUUGCAAACUCAUCAGCAGCGGCAACAACAACAGCAAGUUUUUAAAGUGAAAAGUGAAGAAAGUGAUGCGAUCUCGUUGAAUAAUGAUAUUUGUCAAAAUAAUAACGGAAGUCCAUCACUUGUAUGUCAACAAUGUGAUAUGACAUUGCAUAGUUUUGCUGAAUUUGGUUAUCAUAUGCGAACACACUUAAUUAGUAAAGAUCGUGAACUGAAGUGCAGUUUUUGUAGUGCGACCUUCAUCGAUUCAAUUGCUCGAAUAUCACAUAUUGUGGAACAUUUUAUGGAAAAUAGUGUCCGUAUACAAUGUAAAAAAUGUCCGGCUAUACCAUUUUACAAUUUUCAACAAAUUCGGCAACAUCACUCCGAUGCACACUUGGAGAUAUUAUAUCGUUGCGCUAUAUGUCAUCAAAUAUUCAGCAAUCAAAAUCGUUUUCAGGAACAUUCCGUAAUGCAUAUUGAGGAAGUUUUCCGAUAUCAUUGCGCAGCUUGUAGCAUUCCAUUUGAAACCCGCGAUCUUUUAGCUAUUCAUGUACAGCUAAUUCAUGAUCCACCUGCUGUUACUUUAACGGUUAACAGUUUACAACGUGAUUCAUCGGAUGAUAGUUUCUGCAAGCAACAGUCCGAAAAUCGUCUGGUGAAAUGUUUGAUAUGUGAUAUAAAAUUUAAAGGUGAAGAUGAGCUGGACUUUCAUCGACUCAUCGCACAUUGCAAGGUACCUCGAUCGAAUCGUUGCGCAGAUUGUCAGACACAAAUUCAUACUGUUACACAUUUCAAGGAUCAUAUUCGUGAGCAUAUGCAAGAUGAAAGUACCGUAGCCUGUAUCAUUUGUCGUCAAACACUUCGCAAUGAUACACAAAUCGAUACUCAUGCAAAGUAUCAUUUGCAGUUUGGUGAUGAUAUCUCGGGAUCGGAUCAGCAAUGUAAUAUAUGCCAACAGCAUUUCUCUGGCGAAUCACUCGAAUUACAUGUGAUUGAGCAUUCGAGUAACGGAAAUUGUCCAUACUGUGAUAAACAUUUCCCGAAUGUUGCCAGUUUAUUGGCUCAUAUUGAUUCGAUACAUUCGAGUGUGGAAGCAAUCUAUCAAUGCCAUAAGUGUCAACAGGCCUUUCAUUUCAAAUCUCAGCUACAGCAUCACAACUGUCCAAUUGUUGCACACGAAACCCUUCUUAACUCAUUUCGAGAGCGCAUUUCACCAAUCUUGAACCAACAACAAACUUAUCAGUGUUCAUACUGUCCUCAGGGUCAUUCACAUGUUCAUUCAAUAAAAGCAUUCCGCUGUGACCUUUGCGUGUUAUCUUUUUCAUCCAGUGAACGCCUUGAAACCCAUCGCAGGAAACAUUUUACGAAGAGAAAUUUCACGUGUCAAAUUUGCGAUUUGCAAUUCUUGAACCUUGGCGAUUUAUCAUUACAUGUAAAAGUACACAGUGGUACUUUUACACGAUGUACAACGACUGAGCAAACUAUGACGACACGCUUUAACUGA